AUGGGCAAACUACCAUUUGAAGUAGGUAAUUUGAAAAAUAUCAAUGAAAUGGAUAUCUCUAACAAUAAUUUGUCUGGUGAAAUUCCUACAUCUAUAGGAAAUUGUUCGAUCUUGGAAUAUCUUUAUCUACAAGGGAAUUCCUUUCAAGGAGCCAUACCAUCAUCUAUGGCUUCUUUGAAAGGCGGUUUUGGCUCUGUAUACAAAGGAUUUAUUCAUCUGGAAGAAAGAACAAUUGCUGUAAAGGUCCUUAAUCUUCAACAAAAGGGUGCUUCCAAGAGCUUUAUGGUUGAAUGUAAUGCCUUAAGAAAUAUCCGGCAUAGAAAUCUUGUUAAGAUAUUAACUUGUUGCUGUAGCAUGGAUUACAAUGGGAAUCAAUUCAAAGCUCUAGUAUUUGAGUUCAUGACAAAUGGAAGCUUAGAUUUUUGGCUUCAUCAAAGACUAGACAAUGAAAACCAAUCAAGGAACUUGAGCCUUCUUCAAAGACUAAAUGUUGCAAUUGAUGUGGCUUUUGUAAUAGAUUAUCUUCACAACCAUUCCAUGCAACCAAUCAUUCAUUGUGAUUUAAAACCAAGCAAAUUUCUUCUAGACAAUGACAUGGUUGCUCAUGUAAGCGAUUUUGGUUUAGCAAGGCUCCUCCCAAUCACCAAUGAUUCUUCAGAAAAGCAAACUAAUACAAUUGGGAUAAAGGGAUCAAUUGGUUACGUUGUUCAAGGUAACUUCUUUUGAAUUCUUCUAGUUAACCUUCAAAACAUCUUUACAUGUAUUAGAUUAUUUUAUUUUAGGAAAUUACCUUACCAUCAAGAGAGGAUAUACAAA